AUGGCGCCUGGGAUGUCCCUAUCCUCGGUGAAUGCCAUCAUCAUUCUUAACAUCGAUGAUGGCUCUAGGAUAUUCGCGAAAUACUACAGCUCUCCCCACCAUGCGCCCACAGCUUCAUCAACUCCUCAUCACCAACCUAGCGGGCCAUUCGCAGAUGUGAAGUCGCAGAAGACGUUCGAGAAAGGUCUACUAGAGAAGACGGCAAAACAGACUGGCGACAUCAUCCUUUACGACAACCGAAUCGUUCUGUAUAAGAUGGAGUCAGAUGUGAUGAUGUAUGUUGUGGGUGGCGUGGACGAGAACGAGGUCCUCCUAUACAACGUCAUCUUGGCACUGCGAGAUUCGCUACACCUACUAUUUAAGCAAUCGGUUGACAAGCGAACGAUAAUUGAAAACUACGACUUGGUAUCACUCGCUAUCGACGAGAUUGUGGACGAUGGCAUCAUCCUAGAGACCGACCCAACAAUCAUCGUACAGAGAGUCAGCAAGGCACCGACGCAAGAUGUUAACCUCAGCCGCAUCGACCUUAGCGAACAAGGAGUGAACAACCUGGCGCAAUUAGGAAAGGCCAAGUUGACAGAUUGGUUGAGGCAAGGCUUGUGA